AUGCGAUUGAGCUCCCGAGAGUAUAGUGCUAGUGGCCGAAUCAGGAGAAGUGUUUCUGGUGAAACCAUGAGGGGUUGGCUGGACACCCCAUUCACUCUGAAGCAGACGGAUGAAAAUUUGGGAAAGCUAGCAGGAGCCAGUGAAGGAAGAGUAAAGGCUAGUUACCAGAGAUACUGUAGGGCCUUAUCAAUGGAGAAGAUCUCACAUCUCUGCGUGAACCGAUAUGUGACUUUUGAUGCAGAAGUUAUCACUCAAGCCAGGAAUGAAGUCAUUCUAGAGUCGGGAGGCCAGCAGAGGGAGUUCUCAGCAUCGCAGCAAGCCAGGACCUGGCAGGACGUGUUCCUCAUGAUCAGGCCCCACAAGACCACCAUCUUCCCGUACGCCAAGGAGUCCAGCACCUUGUUCGAGCUGAAGCGCAUCGUCGAGGGCGUCGAGUGGCCGCCCGACGAGCAGCCGCUGUACAAGAACGACCAACUUCUGGAUGAUGGCCAGACACUGGGAGAGUGCGGCUUCACCAGUCAGAUGGCACGGCCGCAGGCCCCAGCCACCGUGGGGCUGGCCUUCUGGGCAGAUGAAGCUUUCGAGACCCUGCACAUCGAGCCCUUCUCCAGUCCACCCGAGCUGCCCGAUGUAAUGAAGCCACAGGACUCAGGAAGCAGCACCAAUGAACAAGCGGUGCAGUGA